AUAUUGUUGUUCUUUGAAUAUUUCAGAGUUUUGCGAGAGAAACCCAAAUCUGGCGACUUCAAAAUCCCUCGCAACCCCCGUAAACUGCUCCACGCCACCCAGGACGAGAACUACAGGCAGAGCAUACAUGAGCUGACAGGCAUGCAGCAGCUGGCAGAACAGGUGGUGCGUUACGACCUUGACGAUAUCGAUGUGUGUUGGCUGACGAAGGUGAAUGAAGAACGGGAAGAAAUGGGUGAUACUUUGAUAGACGAAUGGAUUAUGGAAAGGAUCAUUGAAGAACUAGAAAACCAGGCCUGUUAUGGUAUACAAGCAAUACCUGAAGGCAGUUGGCUAUGUAGACCUUGUUCCCUAGGGGUCAAACCUGUCUGUAUUCUGUGUCCAAAUACAAACGGAGCUAUGAAGAGUACUCGAAGUGGUACUAAAUGGGCACAUGUAAGCUGUUCUCUGUGGAUACCGGAGGUUAGCAUUGGCUGCGUUGAACGAAUGGAACCAAUAACUAAAAUAUCACAGAUUCCGCCAAGUCGUUGGGCAUUAGUGUGUUGUCUAUGCAAGGAGCGCGUUGGAGCAUGCAUUCAGUGCUCGGUGAAAACCUGCAAGACAGCCUUCCAUGUUACAUGUGCUUUCAACAACAACCUGGAGAUGCGAACGAUACUGGAUGAAUCUGAUGUGGAGAGUGGAGUAAAAUUAAAGGUAUGUACAACUGGACAUAUUCCUUUCUCUUCUCUUGUUGCAUUACCAGCUAAUCUCUGUCCCUCUCCGAGCUUAUUAACCUGUAUAAGGUUUUGCAUUAUUAUCAUCAUCAUUAUUUUUCUUUUUUUCUUUUUUUUUUGUAGACUAACUCAGCUUGACGAGGAGUUCUACACUCUGGUCAGUGUGCGGGAGGUCUCUACAAAGUUCAACAUCGACUACGAUGUUGUCGAUUUGGUUUAUGUCUACUGGAAGUUGAAGCGAAAGGCCAAUUAUGACCGUCCCCUAUUGACACCUAAGCGAGAUGAGGCAAGUCUCCUGGAGAGACAACAAGAAGAUAGUCUUGCAGCUCGCAUGAAGAUGUUCGUAACCUGUGUUAUAUGGUGA